CUGGACAAGAGCAGCAGCAGCAUAAAGGAAACCCUUUCAAAUUAUUGAGAAUAGGAAAAGAAAGUGAGAGAAAGAGCAAGCUGAUGCACUGCCAGCAACUGACGACAAUUUGAGUAAGCACUUCUCCCACAGCCUUCCACACGAGCCAUGGCUUAAUCUGAACAGAGAAACUACACUGACUGUUACAGUCAGACAUGUACUGCCUUUUCCUCAGUGUCAUCAGCUGUCUCUGUCUUCUUCACACUGGUCUCGGUGCUGAAGAAUGCAGCCAGGCUGUUCUGGCAGAACGUGAGACAUUACAUGUCCCAGCAGGGGGCAGUCUGUCUCUAUUCUGUGUGGUUCGGCACUGUGGAAGGCACUGGGAGGGAAACUGGACUCGGAGCAAUUCAACACAAGAAAAUUUAGGUGUGAGGCACACUCUUUCCAAUGUGAAACUCUCAGACAAUGAAACUAAACUAAUUUUGGAUUUUGUGAAAGUCAGCAAAUUAGAUGAAGGUUCCUAUGGAUGCAAUGUAAAAUGGGGUAAAGGUGACAAUGAGCAGGGAAAUUUUAAGUAUAUUAACGUCACUGCAGCUGUCACCUUUCCGAGGAGUACGUUACACAGGGUUCUGGUCUGUGCCAGUGCUUUUCUUUGCCUUCCCAUCAUUCUGGGGUUGGCUUGUUGUCUGAGUUCAAAGGUCAAGUCUCAGCCAGUUCCCAGGUCCUGGUCCACUCAUCAUGCAGCUGUAUAUAGAGACGAACAAUGCUCGGCUCCACAGCCUCCACCUCGAUGCCCUAUACAGCCCAUGCCUGUACCCCAAAAACAGAGCAUUCCCUCUCACAAAGCCACCCCCAAGUCGCGGCAGAAAGCUGAGGUGGUGUAUGCAGACAUUUCCCAGGAUGCACUGAGACAGCAGAGAGCCACCAGAGCACCUGACCAGUCCACUGAGUACUCAUCCCUCAGAUUUUCCUGACUGCAGUCAAAGCAGGUGAAAAAUCAUCUUCUGAGGAUCUAUCAUGUACAACUUGCUUGACUUUUGACAAAUUCAGGAAACAUUUGAUGUGGGUUUGCAGAACCUGGGAGCUUCUCGCUUGCAUGACUUCGUUUUUGACGUUCUAUUAUUUCACUGUAAAGACAUUCUUUAGAUCAAGAUUUAACCUGCAUAUUUAAAAAAAAAUCAUCAAAGCAGAGGACAAAACAAGAUACAGAAUCAUCCAGCAGAGUAACUUUUGGCUAUCCAUGUCUACGGACUGUCCUGAUUAUGCUCUGAUGUGGAAGUAAUGACUGUUUAUAGUGCCAAAAAUCCUUCAUGUGCAGGUAGCAUAAUAGACAGCAAGUGGAGCAGAUAAUGAGGAGAGAUACUGCAGCAUGCAUCAACCAGCUGAACCAGCCUGAGGUGCUGCAGAGAGAAAAAAAAUCAGCUUUAUGGCAAAAUUUCACAGAUGUCACUUUUAAUGUUUGGAAAAGCAAAACAUUAAAUGCAGUUAAUGUGAAACAAA